AUGCCUACACAGCCACCUCAGCCUAAUACAUUACAAUGGAAUAGUACCAUUAGUAGUGGACCGGCUGUUAGGUCAUCAACAACAACAACAACACCGACGGCAGUUGACCCAUCAUCACAUGCACGUCAUUUGAACCCAAAGAUGAUAGAGAUGAUAUCAGGUUGUGGCGCAGGCGCCAUGGCCUCAUUGGUCACCACUCCUCUGGACGUUCUAAAGACAACGAUACAGGUGCGAUCAAAUGAACACAUUGGCGUGUGGCGUACUUUUAAAGAUCUGGUCGGGCGAAGUAGUUGGCGAGCUCUAUACAUCGGCUUGAACCCGACACUCGUCGGACUGAUACCAUCUUGGUCGAUCUACUUCCUCUCCUACAGCUUCUUCAAGACGUCGCUCGCCAAACACACUGGCCUCGAUGAGGCCAAUUCCUUUCCUCUGCACAUGAUGGCCGCCAUGAGUGCUGGUGCUACAACAUCCACACUCACCAAUCCCAUCUGGGUCAUCAAGACUAGAUUAAUUACACAAGAGAUGUCAGGACGACAGAAACAGUACUCUGGCAUUAUUCAAUGCUUUCAAUCGAUAUUAAAGCAGGAAGGCGUGGCAGGACUAUAUAAGGGUCUUGGACCCAGUCUAUUAGGUUUGAUACAUGUUGGAGUACAACUACCAUUGUACGAACGAUUCAAGAUCAUUAUAGAGAAGAGGAAGAAGACACCGUUGACAACGAUGGAUAUUGUAAUAGCAUCAUCGACGAGCAAGAUGAUUGCAAGCAUAGUGGCGUACCCUCAUGAGGUACUGCGUUCACGACUUCAAGAUAGCUCACCAAACUCACCGCAUAACUAUAAGGGUGGCCUGUUACAGAACUUCAAACAGAUCGUCCAACAGGAGGGCGUGCGUGGUCUCUACAAGGGCAUGGGCGUCAAUCUGAUAAGAGUGACGCCAGCUUGCGCCAUCACAUUUGCCACGUACGAAUACAUUAAGAAGCAGUUGACUGGCAGUCCGAGCUGA